AUGAAACUCCAAAAGUGCACGUGGUUACACGGGAUAUGUCUUGCGGUGGCGGCGAUCUCACUGUGUGUCGCAAUCGAGCUUACGGGAAAGCGCGCUUGGCCAUGGUUCGCCACCUUCAUAGGGCAUAGUAUGGCGCACAUUCCAGCGACUCUAGAGUUUGAAGAGUCCAUUGACGCGUCUAAGCAGUACAUAUUUUGUUCGCACCCGCACGGAUUGUUGUCGACUCACCAUGGGCUUCUUUUGUCAGGGCAGACCGUUCCACCAUUCAAUGCGAUGAUACCGUUAUCUACGCGGCGCCACUUGGCUGCGUCAGUUUGUUUUAGAGUGCCAUUUUACCGUGAAUAUUUGCUUUGGUCUGGUUGUGUCGAUGCGCGCCGUAGUGUGGCGGAGCAGAUGCUUCAAGAUGGCAAGAGUCUUGUUAUCAUGGUUGGUGGCAUUGCUGAGCAAAUGUUGUCUCAGCGUGGAGACCACACGAUCUACGUCAAGAAACGCAAGGGUCACAUUCGUUUAGCGUUAAAAUAUGGCGUACCCAUCGUCCCCGGAUACGCAUUUGGAGAGACGGACCUAUUCACCCACUCGAGCCUGCUGCUGUCGUUCCGCCAAUUCAUUGCAAGAAAAUUCUCAGUAGCGUUGCUACUCGGACAUGGGUACUCGAAGUGGAUGUUCUGGUUACCUCACAAAGGAGUAACAAUCAAUCACAUCUUUGGCAAGCCAAUCUCGGUCGAAAAGAUAGAUGACCCGAGUGCCAGUGACAUCGAAAAGCUGCAUGACCAAUACACCUGCGAGCUCAUACGAAUUUUUGACGAAAAUAAGGUCAAACACGGAUACGGAGACUGCACGCUGCAAGUGCGCUAA